GAGGCGGCGCUGCUGGCAGCACAUCCUGGCGAGGAGCAACAGCGGCGCAACGCAGAUUCCGCCGCCGCCACCUCUUCCACUGCGUCGUACGACAGCUCUGUCUUACAGGGCCUGUUGGCAGCACUGGCGGCGACCGGUUGUCCCGUGGGCCUCUUGCUUGAGAUAGCGGCGGCGGUGACGUUAUCAUCAUCAUCAUCAUCGGUGACGGCAGCGGCGUACGACAGCAAGGAAGCAGGCGCGGCGGUUACGGUUACGGCGCCGACGGCGGCUGUUGAGGUGGUUUCCGAGGCGGUUGGGGCCGCGGUGGACGCAGCUCUUGAGGGUAUCAUGCGGGAGGCAGCGGACGCGGACGCGGGUGCAGGCGGCGACGCUGGUCGCGGCGUUGACGGUGAUGGUAUGACUCGCCUUCGUGGCGUGGUGGCGUGCCUGGAGACCCAGCCGGUCGCUACAACCGCUACGGCAGCUGACGAUGCACCCGCAGCGGAUGCCAGGGCGGGGAGGGAGGAGGGCCCGGCCGCCGCUGCCGCCCCGGCUGCUGCUGCGAAGACGUCCGCAUCCGCGCAUGGGGAGGUGGCUGCGCCGCCUCCGCCGCCUGCCGAGGUGCUGCGCUCGCUGCGGGAUGUGGCUUGGCGGCGGCUGCAGGGCUUCACGGAGGGGAGGCUAGCGGCGCUGGAGCGGCUGAUGCCGGCGGCGGCAGCAAGACUGCUGGACCUGCAGGCGUCGCUGGGCACAUGCGCGGUAUGGGCGGACUGGUCUGGCGGUGCCAGCGCAGACCCGCAUGCGCACCGCCUGCGGGUGCUGCUGUCUCGCACACGCGGCCUGCUCUCCCAUCUUGAACCCCCUGCACCGCCGAUAUCACCGUUGACGGAAAUCCAGCCGACCACCGCAGCAGCAGCAGCGGCGGGCGACACCGCAUCCGCCUUGGAGGUAGCCCUGGAGGAUGUGGAGAGCUGCGAGGCCGCGGGACGCUUCUUCGAGCGGCUAAUGGAGGGUGUACGGCAACAGCACGGCAGUACGGCAGGGAAGUGGCAGGAGAGCAAGGAAGGGGGUGAGGUGGUGGCGGUAGCGCCGCUGCGUCCCGAGCAGCUGCGGCUGCUGUGGCGGUUGUUGGCGGAGGUGUGGCAGGACGGUGCGGUGUGGAGCAGCGGAGGCGGUGAGGAGGAGGGGAGGAGGGAGAAGGAGGAGGAGGGCGGCAACGGCGACGCAGCAGCAGCACCUGAGGAGCAGCUGGCGAAGGGCGGCCAGGAGGCACCUGGUGGUGGUGAUGUUAGUGAUGUGAGCAGCAGCAGCAGCGGCGGCAGCGGGGAUGGAUCUUCCGGAAAACGCGGUGUGUCUCCCCUGCAGCGGUGUUGGCGGCUGUUGGCAGGCGAGCUGCUGCGGGCGGGACAGCUGCGGGAGCUGCUCAGGCUUUUGGACCCGUUCCUGCCCCAACAAGGCCUUGCUCGUCCAGCUGAGGCGUCAGCAGCAGCAACAGCAGCGCAAGAUGGAUCAGACAACACUGACAUCAGUGAAGACGGGGCUCCUGCACCUUCCCCUUCUGCCGUACAACAACCCUCGUCAUUAUCGCCACGGCAACACCCCCGGAAGGCACCCCUCCUCCCUCUCAGCGAGACCGACAUGCAAAAUCUCAUCGCGACGGCAGCCGCCGCCUCCUCUUCCUCCUUCUCUUCCAGCGAAGGCGGCAUUGCUGGCAGCGAAGGUACGACACAAGCUGCCGCGGUGCCGGCUGAUACUGCUACUGCCGCGGGCAUUACUGAUACUGCUGCAGGCGUGGCCUGGUGUCUGGGACUGGCCUCGCCGUACCCGGAGCAACGGCGGCGGGCGCUACAGGACCUCCUCCGCCCCACGUCGGCGGCGGGGGCCGCCUUCGCCUCCGCCGCCACUGACGCUGACGUCACCGUCGCCAGCAGUGGGGAGGCUGUACGGCAGCACUGCUGCUGCCACCAGCCUCCUGCUGAGGAUGUGGCGGUACUGCUCCUCACGUUGCUGGUUCGCUCGGGGGAUGUCCUGCGGCUCGCGGAGCCCGUGGCAGCCGACGCAGCCGCCACCUCCUGUUCCCCUUGUCACCCGCUGUUGCCAAGACUCGUGGCGUUGCUCCCAGCGGCCCCACCACCAUCCUCAUCAUCAUCA